CUACUAGAAUAGCAUGUGAAGUUAUUCAUGCCAAUCAUUUGUGUUUAUGAAUUCGCUUUCUCUUCAAAAGUUGACUAAAUUGUAUAUUUGUGGUCAUUUAUAGAUGUAAAGUGGCUUAGCUUGUUCAUUUGUACACAGACUAUUUUAGUAUAUGGUCUAAAUGUUUCAAAUAUUAGUGUCUAUGUUAGACUCCUAUUGCCUUAUUCAAAGAUUAAACAUAAAGUCUGAUCAUUUCACUGCUAAUGAGAAAAAGGGCAGCUUGUGCUCUCAGAACUCCACAAAGUACCUGCUGAUGGCCCUUUGGAGAUGGGCUGUUACUGUUAAUGGGGACCUUUGGAUAAGAUGAGGCUCCGCCUCCAGCAACGACGCCUCAUCUGCUUAUCAAAAGGUCCCCAUUAAGCUGCAGUGCACACCCACUAAUGUGCCGAGAGGACUUAUAUCCAGAGCUCAGCCCUCCAGGUGCACACGUGCUCUCCCUGAGGUUCCGAUCACACCGGCGUGUUGGACCUGGCUCUUCUGACUCCUCAACAAACAAGAUGCGGAGAAGGACAGAGAAGCUCGGUGCUCUGCUACCUCGCUGCGUUCCAGCCAGCAGCUCCCAGCGAGGCCUCUUCAUGAAGGCCUCCACCUACCUGGCGAAGAUCGCUGUCCUCCUCCAAGAAGCUCCGGGCAAGAUGCUCACUUUCAGUCAGUUGAUGGACCGACUGACGCCAUUAAUCCGCCAAGAUCGCAAAUCUGUUGAGAACAGCAUCAGAGUUUGUUUAUCAAGCUGCAAAUGUUUUGUCAAGAUUCCAGUGGUUCCUGAUUCACCGGACAGUAAGAGAAACUACUGGAAACUGGAUCCCAGUCAGAUAACGGAGAAGAUGGUGCGUCGUCACUUCCAAGGGAUCCUGCAGCUCUUCCCAGAGUUGAAGUCCAAAGUGGGGACGGACAACAAGGGCGAACCAGAGACCCGCUCGGCUCGCCGCUCUCCCGUACCCGCAGCCUCCAGAGACGUUCAGAUCAGAUGCGAGGUGAAGUUCAGCGGCCCUUUCUCCAUUGAAUCCCUCCUGAAGAGAGACAGUCCCCCCACCCGGGCCUCCGCAGCUUCUCCUCUGUCCACGCGCACUCUAGUUGGGACAAGCAGGAGCUUCAGGCGGGACUCUGAGGAGCCUCUACUCCUUCCAGCUGCAGCUAGAAGUUCUUCCAUCUGCUCAACAGGAGGCAGCAAACACCACGGACUCAUUGGAGCUGCUCAACCCAUCAACAAGAAGAACGAGUGCACUCGAUCCUCGUUCCCCCUUCACACGAGAGCCAGUGUUGCUCCUUAUUUCACCAUCCCUCAAAGAUGCUACGUCACUUACUCCGUACCCACGUUUGCCUACAAUGCUCCCCGGUUCCGUUUGUGAAAGCGCGCCUUCCACUUCUGAGCUGCACUGCGUUGUGAGCGGGCCGUAUGCACCAGAGACGUUUGAAUCACACGUGGCCACUUGGUUUCAUGUGUGUGCUGUAUUUUACUGUCAGAAAAUAUAUAUAUUAUAAUCCCCUUAAGCUCUACUUGAUCGGUUUACUUGUGUAUAUGGAGUAUUUUUGUACAUUUUUUUUUUUUUUACAUUUUUGAUGUCUUCAUCUGACCAAAUGAGGGCAGUAUAGUAUCUUAAAAUACAGUAAUGUCAGGACACAGAAAUAUUAAAGGCUUUUCUACUGCA